UUUUCAUUGCGUCACCAUUGUUUAAGUCAUCUAAAGAGGGAUUCUACUCGGUUACUUCCCAACACCAACCACGAAACUUCAUUUUCUAUUAUAAAUUAAAAGACUUCUACUUAUAUAUCAGUUGACUGACUUUGUAUCCCACUUAUAUCAUGUCCUUUACCUCUAUAAAACCGCAAUACCCUUUCAAUUAAAUUUAGAACAUUUAAACUACAAAAUCUAUCGACAAACUAAACUUAGAUUCACAUAUAAUCUCUUUCCAAAUCUUGGUUUACAAUUAAUUUAAAUUUCAGUUUUCUUUCGUGUUCAAAUGGCUGCCAAACGCAUUGCUCCUGAUAUCGAAAGCGAUGAUCAACCAAAAGAAAAAAGAAUGAAAUCCAUGCCUUCUUUUGCAUCUGUAAUUGGAGAAGUAAUGAUGGCCAAGUCUUUGCAAUCGUUCGUGAAUUCAUUUGAACCAUUGCUUAGACGAGUGGUUAAUGAAGAAGUUGAACGUGGCAUUCAAAGAACCAUGCGUACCAUGACUAGGGUUCCAUCGUUUAGAAUACAAGCACCAGAACCAGCAUGCAUGCAAUUAAUGUUUGUAAAUAAAGAUUUGCCAACAAUAUUUACAUGCAACAAAAUCACAGACAUUAAUGGAGACUCUCUCAAUCUCAUGCUAGUUGAAAAGAUAGGUGACCAAAUCAUACGAAAGGUUCCACAACACCCUAUCAAGGUUGAAAUUGUAGUGAUCGACGGAGAUUUCCCGUCUACGGAUCGUGAUAUAUGGACCGUCGAUGAGUUUAAUGGAAAAAUCGUUAAGGAAAGAUCAGGACGACGUCCACUCAUUGCCAAAGAUGUGCAUUACACUAUAAAACAUGGGUAUUGUGUAACGCUAGGCGAAAUCGAGUUUACGGACAACUCUAGCUGGAUUCGAAGUAGGAAAUUCAAACUUGGUGCAAGAGUGGUUCCUGGAACCUCAAGUGAUGGUAGAAUUCUUGAAGCUUUAACUGAGGCUUUCAUUGUCAAAGACCAACGUGGAGAAGUAUACAAGAAGCAUUAUCCACCAAUGCUUGAAGAUGAAGUAUGGCGUCUAGAGAAGAUUGGCAAAGAUGGGAAAUUCCACAAAAGACUUGAACUAGCCGGCAUUAAAAGUGUGCAAGAUUUCUUAAAACUAUCUGCUAUCGACUCAAUCAAGCUCAAGAAGAUACUAGGUGGGAAACGAGGGAAAGCAGGAAUUCCAGAUAGAAUGUGGGAUUCAAUAUUGAAGCAUGCAAAAACGUGCAACGUUGGCAACAAACUUUACAUUUGUCAAGGAUCAAAUUUUACAAUCACUUUGGAUGCUACUUGUAAUAUUUUUAGCAUACACAACAUUGAUGGGGAAUUAUACUCCAAUUCAGAUUUCAGAUCCUAUAUUAAGAAUGAGACAAUAGAUCAGUUGGUGAAGAACGCGUAUAAAAAUUGGGCUUCCUUGCAAGAAGUGGACAGACCAGUCAAUGAGUCUUUGCAGCUUUCUCAAGCAGGAGAUUAUGUAGCAGAAAGCAGCACUCAUAUACAAUAUGUUAUGCCAUACGACAUAGUAGGUGGUGGACAAAUUAUGGGAAUAGAAGGUGGUGAUAUGAUUCAAAACAAUCUACCAAUGGAAUUAAUUGGAAAUUGGGUUACAUCACCACAACUCUUGCUCUAAAGAGAAAUAAUAUAUAUUGCUACAUGUAAAUAUUUAUAUAAUUUUAUUUAGUGUGGUACGUAGUUUGAUCUACACCAAACAUGUAGCGCAAACUAUUUUAUUUAGUCUUUUAUUUGCUAAUAGAUAAACAACAUUAUGUUUUAGGUUUCUCUCCCCAUGCUUCAAUGUGUGGAGUUACACUAUAUAGCUAUAAUGUGAUAGAUAUUACGGUUUUUCCGUCACAAUAUAUUAUAUUUAGAGAAAAUUGUGAGAAAGGACCUUUUAAGUAGUCGACUUUUUGAAAAAUGACCUUUUAAGUUAAAAUUUGUGAAAAAGGACCUUUUAAGUUGCAUUUUGUUUGUAGAGGGUACUUGGGAGCUCUUGCGUAGUGGUCAAUAUCGGAGCUCCGGCGUUUACUAUCACGUGACUUAUUAUUAUAAAAAAAAAUAAAAAAAAAAAACAAAAAACCCAAAAUUUCCUCUUUCCCGAGGAACAUGAAAGGGUUAGGUCGGGAAAGAGGGAAAUUUGGGGAUUUUUUGUUUUUAUAAAUAAUAAUAAGUCACGUGAUAGUCAACGCCGGAGCCCACCAUGCAAGAACACCCAAAUAACCUCUACAAACAAAAUGCAACUUAAAAGGUCCUUUUUCACAAAUUUUAACUUAAAAGGUCCUUUUUCAAAAAAUCGACCACUUAAAAGGUCCUUUCUCAUAAUUUUCUCUUAUAUUUAUAAGAUAUUAUAUAUUGUUAUUAUAUUGUCAGAGAGUUAGUUACACUAACUAUUGUAUAAAUAGGCUUAGUCUUCAUUUAGUACAUUGUACAAUUCAUUUCUCUACAAUUUACUUUGAAUGAAAUAUCCUCAUCUUAUUCUCUCAUACUUCUUCUUCGUUUGUCACUCUACAUUUCUAUAUGGUAUCAGAGUUGUAAUCUCAUCGAAGAUUAGGGUUCUACGCAAUUGUAUUUUCUGGAUUUGAUUACUCUGUUUCACUUCCAGUUUUGUUUGAUUUCCGAAAUUCGAUUGGGAAUUUCUUCCGAUUGUUGAAACUUCUUGCAUAUCUUGAAUUUCUUGGAUUUAGCUCAGUUUUAUUUUUUUGGCAAUUUGUUGCAAUCGUCUUCAUUUUUUUUCUGGAACUGCGAUUGGUUUUUGGAGUUUGAAGUUCUUUUAAUGGCGUCUGGAGGAGUUUUUGGCGAUAACAAUGGAGGUCAGUAGAAUUUAGGUAAUCUUGAUCCUCUUUUUAUUGCUAAUUCUGAUAUCGUACUUCGUCUUUGGUUGCGGUUCAAUUUUCUGGUAAAAACUUUAUUAGAUGGAGUAGAAGUGUUAGGCGAGCAUUAGUUGCUAAGAAUAAGGAUGAAUUCAUUACUGGAUCUUUAAGGGAACAUGAUAUUUCUCAUAGUGAUUAUCAGAGAUGGAAAAGAGCAGAUUAUGUGGUGUUAGUUGGAUUUUGAGUUGAAUGAGUGUUGAAUUAGCUGAUGAUUUUUCUUACAUUGAGUCUUCAUCUGAACAAUGGAAAGAAUUGCAUGAGCGAUUUGGUCAGUCUAAUGGACCUCUGAUAUAUCAAUUGAAGAAGGAAAUUGAUGCUUUAAAACAAAAAAAUCUGAGUAUCAUUGCUUAUUAUGGCAAAAUCAAGAAAUUGUGGGAUGAAUUACAGAGUUCGAGAGCCUUUCCUACUUGUAGUUGUGGAGCUCUUAAUAGUUGUACUUGUCAAUUUCUUAAGAAAUUGACUGAUCUUGAAGGAGAGGAUCGAUUGAUGUAGUUUCUUCUUGGACUUAUAGUGGUUAUGAUUCAACUAUAACUAAUAUUCUAUCCAUGGAUCCUUUACCUAUAAUCAAUCGUGCUUUCUCAAUUACUCAACAGAUUGAGAAAUAGAAGGAAGUUAGUGGUUCUACUGAACACAUUGCUGAGAGUAGUGCUAUGGAUGCACAAAGGAUGGCUAGAAAUGGUUUACAUAGGUCUGAACAAAAUAAUUUUGGUGGUCAAGGAAGUUCUGGACAAAAUACUUUUGGAUAAAAGAAAGAUUGGAAGAAAGAAAAAUACAGUAAGAAGUGUGAUCAUUGUAAGGAGAAGGGAGACACUGCUGAUACUUAUUUCAAGAUACAUGGGUAUCCUAAUUGGUAUAAUGCAAUUAAGGGUUCUACGGUGUCUAGUAUGCAGUCUGGUCGACAAAGGAUGGCUGCAAAUGUUCAUACAAAUCAAGAGACAUCUGAUUCACCUCUUGUUUCUUGUGGAAAUUCUAAUAAUGCUGGUGGAAUUGAUUCAGACAUGUUAGGUGCUAUCUGUAAGGAGGGAGAUCCCAUCGUAAGGGGGUCCUUCCUUAGAUGCCCAUGGCCAUUUAAAAGCCUAGGACUUUACACUUGUUAAGGUGUAGUAGG